AUACAAACUGCACACCUUCAACAAGCUUAAUGAGGACGACGACUCAAAUGAAUACUACUUUCACCUCCUCAACACGUAUUAUGAUUGCCGUUUUACAUUAUCUUCGCCAGCAGUUAAACGAUAACGUACAUACUGCAAUGAAAGCCUUUUACACUGAUUAUCCAAGUUGAUCACCUUGUCCCUUUUCCCGCGGGCAGCAGAUUCGGGUUUCUUUUGUCAAUCGGAUAACCAGAACGGAGCUUCCUGGGGGCUUUCCUCUCCGGCCUCAAUAUAUAUAUAUAUAACUGGGAUUUGGAUCACCACGUACGAUAUGGCUUCAUUCAAAAGUGACCCAAAACAAAAGAAAGAGAGGGGAUUUCCAGUUUUGUGAUUAUCGAAUCUUGACAAAUCGUGAGUUGCUAUCGUCAUAACCGUGUGGACCGACCAAGUUGAGUAACGCUGACAGGAAGGGGACCAAGAAGGGUACAAGAACAGGGACCAGGGUCCCACGCGUCUGCAAAGGUGUGACCAACAAAAUAGGCUCUUCUGCCUAGUUAGAGCAUCUCCAGCAAUAUAACUAAAGUAGCUAUUGAAAAGAAGGGUUUCGAGUCUUUGGACAAAGAAAGAAGAAAUUGUACCGACGCAUGCACGGCUUCAUUUUGACUCCGAAGAAGGUUGUUCUGAUUCUCUGUUUACCGCAUAGUUGGAGCUAGCAUAUAUCUUGGAAGUUUCGCGGAGAGAAAAAAGGAAAAAGACAAAAGAAGUAGUCAAGGAAGAAGACGAACCUAGGGAAGAGUAACUGAUAAAGCGGGUUUGGUUACCCCGUUUUUCUGAAGCUCCGUAAUGAGCUUCUCGAAGAGCUCGCCGCACCGCCGGUGCAACAACGAUUUGGAGGCCGGGGGAAGCAACUCCAACGGAGCUUCGGCCGCCGACGACGACGAGGGGUCAUCGGGCCCUUUCGAUAUUACCAGGACUAAGAAUGCCUCUAUCGAGCGUCUCCGUAGGUGGAGGCAAGCGGCGCUUGUGCUAAACGCUUCACGUCGAUUUCGUUACACCUUGGACUUGAAAAGGGAAGAAGAGAGGAAGCGAAGGAUAGGGACUAUUAGAGCACAUGUCCAAGCCAUACGAGCUGCAUAUCUUUUCACGGAUGCUGGGAAGGGUGCUGGGAAGGAUUCUGGGAAUCGAGAAAAUGGAACGUUGGAACUACGUCCACCUCCCGGUGGUGAUUUUGGAAUUGGACAAGAACAACUUACUUCAAUGUCAAGGGAACACAAUGUUUCAGCUCUAGAGUUAUACGGAGGGGUUAAUGGGCUAUCGAAUUUGUUAAAAACAAAUUUAGAGAAGGGGAUUGAAGGAGAUGAUACUGAUUUAGUGAAGAGGAGGAAUGCAUUUGGAUCGAAUAUAUAUCCUCGGAAAAAAGGGAGGACUUUUUGGAUGUUUCUUUGGGAAGCUUGGCAAGACCUCACAUUAAUCAUAUUGAUGAUAGCUGCAGUGGCCUCUUUGGCACUAGGUAUAAAGACUGAGGGUAUUAAGGAAGGAUGGUAUGAUGGAGGGAGCAUUGCUUUUGCUGUUAUUCUUGUCAUUGUUGUUACAGCUGUAAGUGAUUAUAGACAAUCUCUUCAGUUCCAGAAUUUAAAUGAGGAGAAGCAAAAUAUCCAUAUGGAGGUCAUUAGAGGUGGCAGAAGAAUUGAGAUAUCUAUAUAUGACGUUGUAGUUGGUGAUGUUGUGCCUCUCAACAUUGGAGAUCAGGUCCCUACCGAUGGUGUAAUAAUAUCUGCUCACUCUCUUGCCGUUGAUGAAUCGAGUAUGACGGGAGAGAGUAAGAUUUGUCACAAGGGUUCGAAAGAUCCAUUUCUAAUGUCUGGCUGCAAAAUCGCUGAUGGUAGUGGCACCAUGAUGGUAACUAGUGUUGGGACCAAUACUGAGUGGGGAUUGCUCAUGGCUAGUAUUUCAGAAGACACUGGUGAAGAGACGCCGUUGCAGGUUCGCCUAAAUGGGGUUGCGACUUUCAUUGGAAUGGUUGGACUUUCAGUAGCUAUCGUUGUCUUGGUUGUCCUUUUAACAAGAUAUUUUACGGGCCAUACUACAAACCCAGAUGGAAGUGUGAAGUUUCUAGCAGGCAAAACUAAAGUUAGUGAUGCUGUAGAUGAUGCCAUUAAAAUCGUUACUGUUGCGGUCACAAUCGUUGUAGUUGCAGUGCCUGAAGGGCUUCCUCUAGCCGUUACUUUGACCCUUGCCUACUCUAUGAGAAAAAUGAUGGCAGAUAAAGCCUUGGUUCGAAGGCUUUCUGCAUGUGAGACUAUGGGCUCUGCCACAACCAUAUGCAGUGAUAAGACUGGAACAUUAACUUUGAAUCAGAUGGCUGUGGUUGAGGCUUAUGUUGGUGAGAAAAAAAUUGAUCAUCCUGAGAAUAAGUCGGAGUUGUCUCCCAUGCAAUAUUCUCUACUUAUUGAAGGCAUUGCACAAAACACAAAUGGUGGUGUGUAUGAGUCUGAGGGUGGUGGAAAUCUGGAGGUUUCUGGAUCACCAACAGAAAAGGCCAUUCUUUCUUGGGGAGUUAAGCUGGGGAUGAAAUUUGAUGCCAUCAGAUCCGAAUCUUCAGUUCUUAAUGUCUUCCCUUUCAACUCAGAGAAAAAACGAGGUGGCGCUGCAGUGCGACUGCCUGAUGGUAACGUUCAUAUUCAUUGGAAAGGGGCUGCUGAAAUAGUUUUAGAAUCAUGCACGCAGUAUAUUGACGCAACUGAUAAGUUGGUAGCAAUGGAUGAAGAUAAGAUGAAAUUUUUUAAGGAAGCUAUUGAAAACAUGGCGGCUACUAGUUUGCGUUGUGUUGCGAUUGCAUAUAGAUCAUGUGAAACGGAAAGGGUUCCAACUAAUGAAGAGGAACUAGAUCAGUGGGCAUUACCUGCGGAUGACCUUGUAUUGCUGGCUAUUGUUGGUAUAAAGGAUCCUUGUCGACCUGGUGUCAAAGAUGCUGUGCGACUAUGCCAAAAUGCCGGUGUUAAGGUUCGCAUGGUCACUGGUGACAAUCUUCAAACUGCAAAAGCAAUAGCAUUGGAAUGUGGAAUACUGGGUUCUGAUGAAGAUGCUACUGAGCCAAAUCUCAUUGAAGGAAAGACAUUUCGUGCCUUACCAGACAUGGAAAGAGAAAAAAUUGCGGAUCGGAUAUCUGUAAUGGGGCGGUCUUCUCCCAAUGACAAGCUUUUGCUUGUGCAAGCAUUGAGAAAGGGGGGACAUGUUGUUGCUGUAACUGGGGAUGGCACUAAUGAUGCUCCUGCUCUGCAUGAGGCGGACAUUGGUCUUGCAAUGGGUAUUGCAGGGACAGAGGUUGCUAAAGAGAGCUCCGAUAUCAUUAUCUUGGAUGACAAUUUUUCUUCCGUUGUGAAGGUUGUGAGAUGGGGCCGCUCUGUAUAUGCAAAUAUUCAAAAAUUUAUCCAGUUCCAACUUACAGUGAAUGUAGCAGCUCUGAUUAUAAAUGUUGUGUCAGCUAUUUCCUCCGGUGAUGUCCCACUAAAUGCAGUGCAGCUUCUCUGGGUUAAUCUUAUCAUGGAUACUCUUGGAGCUCUAGCAUUGGCUACUGAACCACCAACUGAUCACCUGAUGCACAGGAAACCAGUUGGUCGAAGGGAACCUCUUAUAACAAAUAUCAUGUGGAGGAACUUGCUGAUACAGGCUCUAUAUCAAGUUAUCGUUCUGCUUGUACUUAAUUUCCAAGGUAGGACUUUACUGCAUUUGGAGGGUGAUACGAGCGAACAUGCCAACAAAGUGAAGAAUACUUUGAUAUUCAAUUCCUUUGUCCUUUGUCAGGUUUUCAAUGAAUUUAAUGCUCGGAAGCCAGAUGAAAUCAAUGUAUUCAAAGGAAUUACUAAAAACACUCUUUUCAUCGGGAUAGUGGGAAUAACUGUUGUGCUUCAGGUUAUGAUCAUCGAGUUUCUUGGGAAGUUUACCUCGACAGUAAAGUUGAAUUGGUCAAUGUGGCUGAUCUCCGUCAUUAUUGCUUUCGUAAGUUGGCCCCUUGCUGCAAUUGGGAAGCUGAUACCUGUUCCAGAAACUCCCCUCCUUUCAAUUAUCAAAGGAUCAGCAUGUUGUCAUCGAGGAAGAACUUCAUCAUGUUGUCAUCGAGGAAGAACUGCUCGAACCUAGUGUUGUUGAUAGAAGGUUUGAGGGAGUUGGAGCUGGGCAUCAACCUAUCCUACAAAUUAAGAAAAUGAGGAUCACUGUAGUUUACAUUAGAUGAAGCAUACUCCAGCAAAUCAAAGUAAAAACAAUAGUUAAGAAAAUGAGGCAAUCAACUCUUCUUCUUUUUUCCCUAAUGUUUUGUUUUAGAAUGAUGUUAUACUUCUCACGACUUGUUUUGGAAUGUGGUGAUGGUGUUGAAUUGUUUUGGUUGUAAA